AUUCCCCAGUUUGUUACAGUGAUCGUAAUAUCGGAAUCAAAAUGAAAGCAUUUUUCGCUCUGGUUUGCUUGAGUGCAGUUUUGCACUCAACUUUUGCCAUCGAAUGCAAGGACUUGAUGAGCAAGAAAGACGAAAUCAUGGACUGUUGCAAAGUUCCGGAUAUAAUUGCCAGAGAACAUUUGCCGCCCUGCGAACAGGAACACGACGGAAAGGGAAUGAUGCAAAAGUGGCCGUGCGUGAUGCAAUGCGUCUUCGAGCGGGAUGGACUGAUGAAUGGAGGUCAGAUCGAUACCGAUAAAUUGAUCGCCAAGGCAGAGGCGAUCAACGACGACUUCAAGGAUAAGGCCGUCCAAAUUGCUAAGCAAUGCGUCGCACAUAUGGAAAAGGGCAACGGAAACGGAAAUGGCAAAGGCGAAUGUAGCGUGGCCCCGAUCAAGUUGAGCAUGUGCUUGGCCAAGGGCUACGUUGAGCACUGCCCGGCCGACAAGUGGACUUCAUCUGAAGUUUGUGACAAGAUCAAGAGUGGAGAUUGUUACCCCCGAGGAAAACAGUAAUGAGUAAAAGUGAUUUUGAUCCCCCAUUGAAAUUCUUGCUCACAAGGUUCAUUUUCUUAUCCAAGGCUCAGUUAGAAAAAAAAACUGAUGAAUAAUAAUAAAAAUAUUUUAAUCAGA